AUGUUAGAAACCAAAAGACUCAAACUUGUAUUUCCCUCAAUUUUCAUUCUCUCCCAAGUUUUAUUGUUAAUUUUCAUUAUUGGAUUUUCAAAUGUUGUAACAUGCAAUGAAAUUAAAAAGGAAACAACUGGAAAAUGUUAUUAUGAGAUAUUGGGUUUAACUAAGGAAGCUUCAAAACAAGAGAUUAAAAAACAAUAUAGAAGAUUGUCGAGAUGGUACACAGUUCCUUAUAUGGAUAGAUUUGUGCCAGCAAAUGAGAGAGAAAAAUAUGCCCAAGAAUAUUUACCAAUCAUGAAAGCUUUUACAAUUCUUUCAAAUGACGAAAAGAGAAGAAAAUACGAUCAUGAUGGAAUAAUUGAAAAUGAUUACAUUCCACAAAAUGAAUUUACUUUCGAAUUCUUAUUCAAUAAUUUCCACUUUGAUAAAAAGGAAGAAUAG